ACUCGGGCGUCCCGAGCGAAGCCACGGGCGCGCCGGAAUCGAGGAGGGUCGGGCGAAGCGCUGCCUCCUGGUUUCCCCUUUCCCGACCAGAAGCGCGCCGAUCCUCCUCCUCCCCACUCGCGCCGAAAGGAAAAAAAGGGAAACGCCGCAGGGAAGAAGGGAAAAUGCAGCCGCGGGGCGCCACGCGAGCGCUCCGACAUCCGCUGGCUGCCCCAUCACACACACGCCAGCAACGCGUUCGCGGCGGCACUGGGCAAGAAGUAGUGUGCGUGGUGCGCGCGAUGAUUGGAACGAACCCCGCUGCUGGGUCUUGCACCUCGAGGGCCCGCCGUCAGCGCGUGCCGUCGGGGGAAUAUCUCUGUUGUCGGUCCCUGCUGCUCUGGAUAAUCGCUCUUGUCGAAGGCAUAUCGUGUCUUCGGCUACUGGAGAUGUCGGCGCCAUCCGUGGCGAUCCAUGGCCGCGGCAUGUGGCUGAACUGCAGCUUCGACCUCGAGUCCGACGAGCUGUACUCGGUCAAGUGGUACAAGAACGACACCGAGUUCUACCGGUACAUCCCCCGGGACAGACCGCCCGCGCAGAACUACGACUUGCCGGGUGUGGUGGUCGACAUGUCCCGCUCACGAGAAGGUCACGUGUUCAUCUCAUCCGUGAAUUUGUCCAGCGAGGGUAACUACCGCUGCGAGGCUUCUGCCGAGGCGCCCUCCUUCCAGACCGUGGUUGGGGAGAAAGAGGUCAAGGUAUUUGUGAUUCCCGAGCACCCACCCAAGAUCCGAGGCACGCGAGCCAAGUACGAAGUCGGGGAACGUGUUGACGUGUCUUGCAGGGCCCCGUACUCGCUACCUGCUGCCAAGCUUGUCUGGCACGUCAACGACCAAGAGGUUCCGUUCAGCGAUGUGCACGGCCUGGAGACCCUGUAUGACUCUGAAGGGCUGCAGAGUUCAGGAGUCCUCCUGUCAUUCGUCCUGCAGCCCUACCACGUGACUGGCAGCUCGCUGCGGCUCAAGUGUGUCAGCGUCAUAUCUGAGACGUUCCUGACAUCCAGCGAAGAGCUUAUUGUCGGCGACACGGUUCCUUCCAUACCGUAUCCAGAGGCCAGCCCGCAUAGUCCCAGAAUCGACGGUGGUGCGCCAAAGUACCGAGUCAACGACCUUGUGAACCUGACCUGCAGAUCUUCAGAGUACGACCGGCCUCCGGAGUUGAGGUGGUUCAUUAACGACAAAGAGGCCCGUCCUGAGUACCUGGUGAGGCACGAGCUGCAGAGAUACCCGAGGUACGCUGCAUCACUGGGCCUCCGAUUCAGGGUACGGCCCGAACACUUCGAGGAUGAACGCAUGCAUCUGCGCUGCACGGUGACGCUGUCGAAUGUCCUCAAUACCAGCAGCGCGGAGGCGAGCAUCAAAAACAAGCACCGAGCCAUGUCGGGAUUCAGAGCAGCCAGCAAAGACGUAUCCAAUGGAGCAACCUGCGUGUUGGUGCCAUUGCUGUCGAGUCUACUGGUUUUGAUUGUACUGCCGAAGCUGUGAAAAGUGGCGCCAGUCAUCACGCAAAACGCAAGCAACUGAGAAUUCACUGCCUCACCAACAACCCUGCUUUUUAUUCGUCUGAGGACUUGUACGCUCUUCUACGACAGCAUUUCUGGCCACUCAGUUGGUGCCAAGGACACUCAUACAAACCUGGCCUGGAGGCGAAGUUUUGGGUCUCGAAGGAUGCUACACUGGAAAAUGUCGCUAACGCCGGCUGGACAUGCUCUGAGCACCAUUUUCAUUUACACCUCUACAACCUUGCGAAUGUUUGGUGUACGUUGUGCUGGUGCCUUUGUUUUUGUGAACCGUCAUAGCACCUGCGUGUUCGUAAGCCAGGACAAGAGUGCUUCGUUGAAGACAAGACAACAGUUUUUUUGUUAUUAAAAGUGUUGAUAUCCUAA